AUGUAUAGAAUGUUCAAUUCAGAUUGUAGCACUAGAUCGAAUUGCACCAAUGGCGGUGUUUGCGUGGAAAACGAAACGGACUACACGUGUACAUGCAAGAAUGGGUGGACAGGAAAGAACUGUGAACUCGUCGUCUGUUCCUGGUCCGGACAUUGUAACGACCGUGGAACAUGUGUCCCAACAUCAACCAAUACCGACUUUACGUGUAGUAAUUGCGCUUCAGGGUGGAAAGGAAAAAGUUGCCACCUCGUUGAUUGUAGCACUAGAUCGUAUUGCACCAAUGGCGGUGUUUGUGUGGAAAAAGAAACGGACUACACGUGUACAUGCAAGAAUGGGUGGACAGGAAAGAACUGUGAAUUCGUCGUCUGUAGCUGGUCUGGACAUUGUAACGACCGUGGAACGUGUGUCCCAACAUCAACCAAUACAGACUAUACGUGUAACAAUUGCGCUUUAGGGUGGAAAGGAAAAAGUUGCCAUCUCGUUGAGGCGUCAACAUCCCAAGCGCCGGAAUACCAAUCAACUGCCUCGUCUACUACGGAAUCGUUGACAUCUAUGUACAUCGGCGUCGGGGUUGGCUUCUUUGUGUUGGUUGUCAUCAAUGUAGCAGUUAUUGUCAUCGUAGCAAAGAAACUCCGAAGAAGAAAUACUCCCAUGCCAAACACCUUUACUCCCCAGAUAAAUGAGGGGAGAGAGUAUCAAAAUCUGACAGCCCGUGGUCUCAUAGAAAGCGUUUAUGAUCGCAUAGCAGACCGUGAUGUGCAUUUGAGUGAGUAUGAAAACUUAAAGAUUGCCACAGAGACGAGUUUGUAGUCUAACGUCCCCCCAAUACAGGGUGCCACUAGCAGCACGGAUGACUUUACCUAAGACCAAUAACUGCAAAGCUGUCGUAAGACAUAUCAAUACCACUGACAACGAAAUACUAGCCGUUACGUUAAACGAGUGUCAUUUGCAAGAUUACAUCAGUGACAACAGAGCAUUCGAUGAGUAUACAUGCCUCGCUUAAAAAAACAAGCGAUUGUUCCUUCGCACAAAACAUGAAGGACAUCAGAUUGUUAUAUACACAUGUAUGCAACCUUGUCAAGUAGGAAGGAAUAAUUUAUAUUGUAAAAGAUAAAUAAAACAAAAGGUUAUUUAUUUGCAUUCGUAUUCAUAAAUUAUAUAUCACAAAAGUAAUACCAAAUACAAAUUAAGACGUGAAAACAUGUUAAGAUAAUAUGUGUUCUCUCAAACCGGUAUCUGUUUAUUGAUGUUUGCGACCAAUUGUUUGUGUGUGAUUUUCCUUAAUGUCCUUACAUGAUAUUCUAACAUUAAACUAUUUCUCUGUCGCUUCAUUUCGUUGUGUGCGUUCGGUUUAUAUUAUGUUUAUUCUUGAUGUACAAUAACGCUGCACAAUGUGAAUGUAUAUUUACGUAUUUCGUAUCGCUAUGCCAUGCAGCAAAAUACUCCAAUCUUAAACGACGAGUUCAGAGUAAAGCCGUCACAUUUUGAAUUGCUGAAUCCCUUCUAUUGAAAUAAUGCGAUUUA